CAACAUCCAAACAUUUAUCCAAAAAAGCGUUCAAUAAAGAAAAGAAACGUUUUCUUCUUAAAAAAAAAAAAAGAAACAAAUUUCCCUUCGAAUAAAAACUAAGGUUUCUCUCUCUCUCUCUCUCUCUCUCUCUCUCUCUCAUUCAGGCUUCAGCCGCCGCCGCCCCCCUACGCCGGUUAAUUUCCGGUUGGGGCAUGAGAAAAAUUGCAUCCAUAUUUCCCAAAUCCUAUCAACACUCCACCGCGACGCACAAUCCCACUCAGAAGCUUCCUUUCUCAACCAGCUCUAAUGGACAAUACAUCGAACACCAUACCUACAUUCCCUUGCUCCACGACCCCACAAGAAUCCGCUCGCUCGAAGACGCGAAGCGCCUUCACGCACUCUCCAUCACUCUGGGAUCCUUCCCGACGCAGCAGCCCGUCUUCCUCCACAACAGCCUCAUCGCCAAGUACGCGGCACUGGGAGAAGCUUCCACGGCCCGCAAAGUGUUCGACGAAAUGCCGCACAGAAACGUCGUGACUUAUAAUUCCAUGAUCAGUUCCUACGCUCGAGACGGGCUCUUGCCGGAGGCUUUGUUGCUCUUCUCCGAAAUGAGAAAACGCGGCUUCAAGCCGACGGAAUUCACGUUCGGAGGCUUGCUAUCGUGUCGUUGGAUGGAUGUCUCCGAAGGAAUGCAGCUGCAGGCGUUGAUUGAGAAGAGUGGAUUGUUUCAUGUAGAUGCUUUUGCUGGAACAGCGCUGAUGGGAAUGUACGCGAGGCAUGGAUGUUUAGAUGAAGCUUUAGGGAUUUUCGAAUUCAUGCCGGUAAAGAACUCGGCCACGUGGAAUACUGUGAUAUCUGUUCUUUGCCAGAUGGGCUGUGUGCAAGACUGCGUUUUGAUGUUUUCUGAGAUGAUGAAAUGUGGAGUUGGAUUGUCCGAAUCGACUUUCGUGAGCAUUCUAUCAUGUUUGCAAGGGGUUGAUUUGUUUUUGGGGGAACAGAUACAUGGUUUAGCGAUAAAGAAAGGAUUUUGCAAUGUGGCUUCGGUUUACAAUUGUCUGAUUCAUAUAUAUGUUAAAUCCGGCGCCACGUUCUUGGCUGAGAGAGUGUUUGAGAAUGCUCCUGCAAAGGAUGUAGUCUCGUGGAACACGAUGAUUGGUGCGAUGGCGAAUGGGGACGAGCCAGCAAAAGGGCUCUGCAUCUUCCAAGAAAUGAGCGCCACUGGUCUAUCCCCAAAUGGCACGACACUUGUGAACGCGCUGCAGUCUUGUUCAAGACUGCGCCUUUCAUCGCGUGGGGAAUGCAUCCAUGCCAAUAUGAUCAAGAGAUGUUUCGAAUCUGAUGUGUUCUGUGGGAGUGCUUUGGUUAACUUUUAUGCUAAAUUUGAUAAAGUGGAAGAAGCACAUUGUUGUUUUGAUGGAAUAACUCAGAAAAAUCUGGUUUCUUGGAAUUCUUUGAUGAUGGUGUAUUCGAACAAGGGCUCUUCGUGUUCAACGAGGCUUUUCAAAGAGAUGAUCCACUCUGGUUAUCACCCGAAUGGAUUGUCGUUCUCUAUUGUUUUCAAAUCAGCAUCGAUGUUGGAGCUGCCGCAGCUGCAUUCUCUGGCAAUCAAAACAGGGCACAUUGAUGUUGCUCAUGUGUCGUCCUCUCUUAUACACUCUUAUGCGCGAAAUGGCCUAAUAUCCGAAGCUCUGAGAUUUUCAGAGGCGGAUGAUGGCAAUGCCAAGCUUCCUGUCGUUUCAUCCAAUAUAAUCGCGUGGAUCUACAACCGGACAGGGCAGUACGAGAAAACUCAGGAGGUGUAUGCUGCAGUGGAGAAUCCAGACACUGUGUCUUGGAACAUUCUGAUUGCUGCUUGCUCGCGCAAUGGCGAUUAUGUAGAGACGUUCCAGCUCUUUGAUCACAUGCGUAGGUCUCUCGUGUUCCCGGACAAUUACACCCUAGUUAGCCUCUUCAGUGUAUGCACCAGAGUAUGCAGCCUCGCCCUAGGCAGCUCUCUCCACGGCUUGACUGUGAAGGCCGACUAUGAUCUAUGCGACACGUUCGUGUGCAACACCAUGAUUGACAUGUAUGGGAAAUGCGGGAGCAUUGAGAGCUCUGUUGGGAUCUUCAAUGAGAUGAGGGUGAAGAAUGUCUUCUCUUGGACAGCUCUUGUCUCGGCCCUAGGGGUGCACGGGCGUGCAGACGAGGCUGUGGGGAGAUUCGGGGAGAUGGUGGGGACGGGGAUUGAGCCGGAUAGGGUUGCUUUCUUGGCUGUGCUCUCUGCUUGUAGGCAUGUAGGAUUGGUGAGGGAAGGGAUGAAUCUGUUUGAAGGGAUGAAAGUGAAGCAUGGUUUGGAGCCGGAUUUGGAUCAUUACGUUGUGGUUGUCGAUCUGUUGACAAGAUACGGGCACGUGAAGGAAGCUGAACGCGUUAUUCUGGGAAUGCCUAUCGCGCCUAACGCGUUGAUUUGGCGUACUUUUCUUGAGGGCUGCAAGAGACAGAGUAGAGGAGGAGGAGCUCAUCUUGCACUUGCAGCAUAAACUUGGAUUUUUGAUUAUGUGUUUUUGGAAAGAUUCGGAUUUGUUGGAAUCCAAAGGUAUAUAUAUGUCAGUUUUCAGUUUUCAUUGCUUGCUUAUCAGUUUUUAAAGCUUGAUAAUCUGCAUAGUAUGCAAGAAACGCAGCAUGAACUUGGAUGUAAUGUAAUUAUAUAUUUUGGAAAUUUGGAUUUGUUGAAAUGUAAAGUGAUAUGAAGUGAAGGUAUUGUAUGACUCUUAUGUUU